AUGGCGGACCCUUCGCACCACGAGCAUGACCCGAACGAGGAGGACGAUGCAAUGCUCGAUCCAGAUGAGGCAGAAGAAAUAGUGGAAGACGAUGGCGAUGCUGCGAUGGACAGUGGAGACGAAGACGAAGAGCAGACAAUUCAAUUACAGAACGACAGCACGGCUCACUUUGACGGACACACAGAUAGCAUAUUCUGCAUAGCGCAACACCCAACGAGGCCAGAACUCGUAGCAACAGGCGCCGGCGACGAUGUAGCAUAUGUAUGGGAUUGCACGCCUCCCGAAGGUCCAGUACUACCUGCAAGCUACGAAUCAGACCCGCAACCCAGAGAGAGACAAGGGCAGCAAAUAAUAGCAAAGCUUGAGGGACAAGACGAGAGUGUGGGUGCGAUAUGCUUCACUCUGCCGAAAGGAGAAUAUGUCGUGACGGGCACAUUGGCGGGAAAACUGAAUGCCUAUACAACACCAGAGACUGGUCGACAAGCACAGCUAGUCGGCUCAGCCAAGGAGGUGGAGGAGAUCCGUUGGAUACUUCCGUGUCCGAAUGCACAAUACCCAAAUACAAUCGCUUUCGGUGCAGGCGAUGGCUCAGUAUGGGUCUACAGAAUCAACAGCAAAGACCAUUCAAGUCCUCUAACAAUCGUUCAAACUUUCUUCCUUCACCAAGGAGCAUGUGAAGCCGGGGCAUGGACUCCAGAUGGAAAGCUCCUCGCCACAGUCUCCGAAGAUGGUAGCCUCUACGUCUGGGACGUUUUCGGCGAAGCUGCAGCAGCAGGAAUUGCAGACCCUAACGGAGGUCAAGCAAUAGUCGGGCUCACGGCAGACGAUGAACGCUUCAAGGUAGAAGGAGGUCUUUACAGCGCUGCAAUAUCACCGGGCGGCGGCAUUGUGGCGGUAGGAGGUGCAGAUGGCAAUGUCAGGGUUGUCGGCUUACCACGUCUGUCCACAGUGCAACAGCUUGGCGCAAAAGGAGCAGGAGCAAAAGCGAAAGCUGGAGGUGCGAAACAGAACCCUUCACAAGCUACGGCUGGAAAUGCUGGAGCCAUCAUCGCUGCAUUACGAACGCAGUCGGGUAGUGUGGAGACUCUGGACUUCAGUCAUCCGCCACUCCAAAUCCUCGCUGCGGGAAGUGUGGAUGGCAGCAUCGCACUUUUCGACGCACAGCACAACUUUGCUGUAAGGAGGCAUAUCAAGGGCGCGCAUCAGGAGGAGGAUCUUGAGCAGACAGUGAUCAAGGUGGAAUUUGUGAAGCUUCCGAUAGGCACUGCAAACCCUCUCGGACAUGUCUUGACGAGUUGCGGAAAUGAUGGCGUGUUAAGAAGAUGGGAUGUGAGAGGCGGAACUGCAGCUUCCGGGCAGGGUUUGCUGGGCGAGUGGAAAGGUCACAGAGGUGGAGGGGAAGGAGGUGGAAUUCUUGGCUUCGUGCAGGGCGGUGGUGGAAAGAGGGUGGUCACUGCAGGCGAUGAUAAAGUGUCACUUGUAUUUGAUGCGGCAUAG